CAGAAAGCUGUUGUGAGCAGGAAAACCAACAUGCACAUAUUUAUUGAGUCCGGACUUCGGCUGCUACAUCUGAGUCUGAAGACUUCCAAGAUCAAGUCUUCAAGUUAACCUAUUCUGGAAAUGUUGGAUCCUUUUGUCUCUCUCCUCAUAGACUGCCUGGUUUCUAUGGAUGUGAAGGUGAUCACAGGUGCUUUACAAUGCCUGAUUUGUGUCUUGAGGUUCCCUCUGCCUUCCAUAGAAACAAAAGCAGAACAACUGACCAAACACCUUUUCCUUUUGCUGAAGGACUAUGCAAAACUUGGAGCUGCCAGGGGCUAGAACUUCCACCUGGUGGUAAAUUGUUUCAAGUGUGUGACCAUACUUGUGAAGAAAGUGAAAUCUUACCAGAUAACUGAAAAGCAGCUUCAAGUUCUACUAGCAUAUGCUGAGGAAGACAUUUAUUAUACUUCAAGACAGGCCACUGCAUUUGGUCUUCUGAAGGCCAUUUUAUCAAGAAAGUUGUUGGUCCCGAAAAUUGAUGAUGUCAUGCGGAAAGUAUCCAAGUUGACAAUUUCCGCUCAAAGUGAACCUGUCAGAGUCCAGUGCAGACAGGUUUUUCUGAAAUAUAUUCUUGACUAUCCCUUGGGUGACAAAUUGAGACCAAACUUGGAAUUCGUGCUUGCUCAAUUGAAUUACGAACAUGAGACUGGGAGAGAGUCUGCUUUGGAAAUGAUCUCCUGUCUCUUUGACACAUUCCCUCAGGGACUGCUCCAUGAGAACUGUGGAAUGUUCUUUAUUCCUCUUUGUCUAAUGAUGGUGAAUGAUGACUCUGCCAUGUGCAAAAAGAUGGCAUCCAUGACAAUCAAAUCCUUACUCAGUAAAAUCAACCUUGAGAAAAAAGAUUGGCUUUUUGAUAUGGUUACCACCUGGUUUGGAGCAAAAAAGAGGUUAAAUAGACAACUGGCUGCCCUCAUCUGUGGCCUGUUUGUGGAAAGUGAAGGAGUCUCUUUUGAGAGAAGACUUGGAACUGUUCUUCCUGUGAUCGAAAAAGAAAUUGAUCCUGAAAACUUUAAAGAUAUCAUGGAAGAGACUGAAGAAAAAGCGGCAGAUCGCCUUCUGUUUAGUUUUCUUACAUUGAUUAGUAAACUCAUCAAGGAAUGUAAUAUCAUUCAGUUUGCCAAGCCCUCUGAGACUCUGAAUAAAAUCUGGAAAAGGAUCCAAAGUUAUGUGCACUGUCACCUGAGACAUCCACAUAGCUGGGUGUGGCUCACUGCAGCCCAGAUUUUUGGAUUACUCUUUGCCUCUUGCCAACCAGAGGAACUUAUUAGAAGACAUAAGGCCAAAAAAACUAAAAAGAGACUCUCAGUACCUGUAGCAAUAAGGUUCUUAACAAAUGACCUUGAACAAAAGAUGAAAAGUAUUUCCCUAGCCUCUUGCCAUCAGUUGCAUUCCAAAUUCUUAGAUCAGUCUCUAGGAGAGCAGGUUGUUAAGAAUUUGUUAUUUGUAGCCAAAGUCUUACAUUUACUGGAACCUGAAUCUGAAGAUAAGCCAGGUGAGAUAAAAGAAGACAUGGAAGAACAAGAAACUUUAGGAGAGGGUAUGGCCACAGGGGAAGUAAAACAAUACAAGUCCUGUGCAGAUGAGAAGAUGGACUCUGACAAAGAAGAGAACGAGGAGGCAAAGGAAGAACACAGCAAGCCAGCCACCCUGCUGUGGUUGAUCCAGAAGUUGUCCCGGAUUGCAAAACUGGAGGCUGCCUAUUCACCUAGAAACCCCUUAAAGAGAACGUGCAUCUUUAAAUUUCUCGGAGCUGUAGCGAUGGAUCUUGGAGUAGACAAGGUGAAGCCGUAUCUCCCAGUGAUCAUAGCCCCUCUGUUCCGAGAACUGAACAGCACAUAUUCGGACCAGGAUCCUCUGCUUAAGAAUCUAUCCCAGGAAAUCAUAGAAUUACUCAAAAAGCUGGUUGGACUUGAGAGCUUCUCCUUAGCCUUUGCCUCAAUACAGAAGCAGGCUAAUGAGAAAAGGGCGCUCCGGAAAAAGAGGAAGGCUUUAGAGUUUGUAACUAAUCCUGAUAUUGCUGCCAAGAAAAAGCUGAAGAAACACAAAAAUAAAAGUGAAGCGAAGAAGAGAAAGAUAGAGUUCCUGCAUCCAGGCUAUAAGACCAAGAGACAAAAGCGCCACAACCUGAAAGAUUUAGCAAUGGUGGAGUAAUGUGCUCCCUCUGCUGAUAAAAUAUCUCAAUCUACCCCAAAGCAUGAACUUCUCAGCAUAUCUGCUGGUCUGAAAUCACAGCAGGUUUUAUUAUUUAAGUUAAACUGGCACAGAUUGUAUAUUACACAGUUUAAUAUAAUCAUGUUCAUAUAUUUUUAAAUUAAAACAUCUUCAUAAUA